GGGGGAGGGGCCGUAUCAAUUUUAGGGAAAACCCGAGUGAAUUUGGAGUACAUAAAAGGGUGCGCGCGGCUCCGGCCAAGGAGGGCCUCGAACCCGCGAAGUCCGAGGGGCGAGAGACCCCCGGGGGCCGCCAUGUUGGGGAGGUCAGCAGGGGGCGGGCGCGGGCGCCAUUCCUGUGAGGUCAGCGCCAGGGGCGUGGCCAGUGGCGGAAGAGGGCGUGGCUUCCGCCGCCAUGAGGCCGCGCGCGGUCCCGCCGCCGCCGCCGCCGCCGCCCGGGGGGAUCCUGAGGCGGGGGGGACGCGGGGGCGGCACCCGGCAGGUGCGUUUCGCGCCCAGCCCCGCGAUCCGGGAUGAGGAAACGGAGGAUGAAGAUGGGGGCAUCCCCGCCCCGUCCCUGGCGACCCCCACCCUGCACAGCAGCCGGGGGGGCCCUGGCGGGGCCUCUCCCGAGCCGUUCGACGCCCCCGGGGCCGCGGCCGCGCUCCUGGGCAGCUCCUUCGCCGCCCGCAGCGCGCUGGGCGGGGCGGCGGCCGCAGCCAUGAACGUCCCCCAAACCCAGCGGCUCUUCUGCGGGCUCGUCAGCCUGGCCGUGCCGCCCCCGCCGGGGCCGCGGAGGGGGGUCCCGGCCCCUCCCGCGCCCACCCCGCAGGUGCCGGGGCCGCAGCUGAGGGUGCUGGCAGGCGGUGCUGGCGGGGCCAUGGGCUGGCCCUGGCUCCCCCCUCACAGCACCCCUGAGCCCCCCCGGGCCCGCCCGCGCCCCCCCGGAGCCGCCUUUGCCAUGUACCAGAAGCUGCAGCAGUGGGGGGGUUACUGAGGGGAAACAGCCCCCAGAAAUCCCCCUUUAUUCCCCAAAAAAAUAAACAGUUAUUUUUAACUUUA